AUGAUCAAAUUAAAAUACUAUACGGUUGCCGGUGAAAAUUAUUCAGUACACAGAAUAUGUUUGCAUAAUAAUGCGAUUCCCACAAACUUUCCAAAGGAGAAUCUGAAUGUAUGCCAAUCGGAUCUGUGUAAUAAUCGAAUAAUUGGCGAUCAUCUAAAAAACCAAACAAAUCCUCUAAAUAAUUCAGUAAGUUGUCAUACUUGUCUUGAAUGCGAUAAUAUUACUAUCUAUAUGAUUAUAGAGGGUUAUGGAGGGUGUGUAACAACUCAUGGUUCUGGAGUUACUAGUAAAUUUUGUGGACCUACAUGUGAUCAAUUGGAUCAUGAGAAUACAGUCGGUUGUUGCUCAACAGAUAAAUGUAAUGGAAUGACAAAAUUAUCUAUUCAUCGUCAUGUUAUUGUUGUUCUGUUUGUUUGCAUGGGAAUCAGUAAAUACAUUCUCUGA